AUGGCGAAGAUCAGAGCGGAUGCUCCGGUGAUGCCUCCGGAGACUCCCCCUCGGAGCAGUGAGGUGGGAGAGAUUGACACGCGUGCUCCCUUCCAAUCCGUUAGAGACGCCGUUAGUUUAUUCCGUCAAGUUAGCUUUUCAAAGCAACAACCACCGCGUCUCUCCUCCUCCUCCUCCUCUCAGGACGUAACGGAUGUGUUGGACAAGGAGACGCAGCUUCUGUUAGCAGAACAAGAAAUGGAUAGAGUCCAGCUUUGUCUCGAUGGCUCUGUCAAAGCGAGAGCACGAGCUCUCUCCGAUCUCGACUCUGCACAGCGAAAGGCUGCAGAUUUGAGGGCUAAACUAGAAACCACAAAACAUUCCAGGAAAUAUGCCAUGUUGACCAAGAACACCAUGAAUCAACGGUUAGAGCAGCUUCAGUCUGGAAACCAAGAAACAGAGAGCGCGAGAGAGAAUUACAUUCUAGUCACUGCGGAGCUGUUCAUGGCGAAGCAGUUGCUCGCGGAGAUCAAACAACAGUUCAACAUCUCCGUGGAAGAAAGGCUAGCCGAGCUUCAAAGGGCAGAGGAAGCGGAGUGUGCAUCCAUGGUCAACUCCCAAAAGAUCAAAGACAUGUCGCAGGAGAUAGCGGAGAUGCGUGAUGCUUUUGAGAAGUUGAAGUCCGAUGCCGCCAGGAAGAAAGAGCAAGAGGAGAAGAUAAAAGAGGAGAGCAUUGCCUCGCAAGAAACUUACGCUGCCAUGAAACGAGAAGCUGAGGAGAGGCUAGAGGAAUUGAGGCGAGAGUGUGACCCUGAACUGAGGAAAGAUAUAGAUGAGCUGGCUGAGAUAUCCGCAGAAAACGAGCGUUUGCAGGAAGAGAUUAAACUUGCUCGUGAACUCAAAGAGACCAAUAUUGCGAUGCAAGAGAUUUGUGACGAAGAGAGUUCAUACAAAAGCUUGGUGGGCUCACUGACAGUGGAACUGGAUGGAUUGCAGAGAGAGAACAGAGAUUUGAAGGGAAAGGAAAAGGAGAGAGAGGAAGUUGAAGAAGGAGAGUGGGGAGAAGCGAGCCGUAAGGUUGAUGAAAUCAUGCGUGAAGCAGAGGAAACAAGAAGAGAAGCAGAAGAGAUGAGGAUGAACGUGGAUGAGCUCAGGCGAGAAGCAGCAGCGACGCAUAUGGCGAUGGGGGAAGCAGUGAAGCAGCUGGAGAUAGUUAAAAGAGCGGUGGAGAAAGCGAAAACCGCCGAGAAGAGAGCGGUGGAAGACAUGAAAGUACUAACUGAGAAGAAAGAGAGUUUGACGCAUGAUGAGCCUGAUAAGAAGAUUAGAAUAUCGUUGAAAGAGUACGAGGAUCUGAGAGGGAAGCAUGAGGAGUCAGAGAGAAUGGUGCAAUACAAAGCGAAAACGGUUGCUGCUCAGCUGGAAGAGAUCAGCGAGAGCAGAGUAGAAGGAGAGAAAAUGUUGGAGGAAAAGAUGAAAGAGAUGGAAGAGGUGAAGAUGGCGAUUGAUGGUGCAUUGAGGAAAGCAGAGAUUGCAGAGGAAGCACACUCCAUCGUCGAUGCUGAACUUAGAAAAUGGAAACCACAAGAGUUGUAG